GCUGUAGUGAUCAGAUUAUCACAGCAGAAGCUCUCUGCCUGAUGACCUGAAUGUGCCGCUUGUCCUUAAACCGACACAAAUUCUCCUUUUCUUCUCUUUGUGUUGGUGUGGAGACGGGAGGCGAUCAGGAUGACGCUGAAUGAUCGGUGGACCAUCAUGAAUAACAGCAGCUCUGAACUGGACAGCAGACGACCCAACAAGCACCAGAGGUGCCGCACCUUCGUGUCAUGGUUUGUCACCAUCCUGGUCGUCAUAGCUGCCAUCGUCACAGCAACGGUCUGCGUCCUGUACUUGAACCAGCAUCCUCUUCCCUUCUUCAGGAGGGGUGGAGUUGCCUCACCUGUGAUUUCAACAAAUACCAUUGACUCUGGUGCCAUAGUGAGGGUAUCACACGGGGCAGAAGAGGAACCAAUCAGCAUCUUUCUGGACCCAAACUGUCCAGACUUCAGUGAGCAGUUCCUGCACUGGGAGGAACUGCAGCGCUCGCUGCUGCAAGCGCUGACCAUUCACAAAUCAGGAGAGUGGCAGGAACGAGGCCUGGUCCAGAAGCUGGGCGAUGAUCUGAAGGUGCUGACGGGCCAAGCCUACAACCUGAACCUGGAAACCGACUCACUGAAAACAAGUCAAAGUGUUCUGGACCAACGGAUGGAUGGAAUGCAAAGUGAACAGAGUCGCAUCGUCCAGAUGUUGUCUGAGAGUCGCUCAGCUCUGACCACGCUGGCUGAAGGCUUCAGGGAUUCUUUGCUCGACCUGAAGAAGGAGACUGAGAGUCUGAAGAGGCUGAAGAGUGAACUGAGCCUUAACAUCACACACACCGCUGACCGACCCAGAGACUGCAGUGACAUCCUGAAGUCCGGCAUCUCCGUGGAUGGAGUUUACUCCGUGUUCCCGAUUCAUGAGCCCAGUGGGUUCAUGGUCUACUGCGACAUGAGCACUGAGGGAGGAGGAUGGACGGUGAUGCAGAGGAGAGAAGACGGUUCAGUGAACUUCUUUAGAGACUGGGCGGCCUACAGAGAUGGCUUUGGGACCACCACGGGGGAACAUUGGCUAGGUCUACAGAGGAUCUACUCACUCACCAGGUCGGGUGGUUUCGAGUUACGUAUUGACAUGGCCGACUUUGACAACGCCACAGCUUUUGCUCAUUACUCAGACUUUUCUGUUGGUCGAGACUCUGUGAACCCAGAGGAGGAUGGCUACCCACUGAUGGUGGAUGGGUACUCUGGGACUGCAGGUGACUCUCUCCUGAAACACUCGGGGAUGCGAUUCACCACCAAAGAUCGUGACCAGGACCAGUCUGAGAACAACUGUGCGGCGUACUAUCAGGGGGCGUGGUGGUAUCGGAACUGCCAUACUUCCAACCUGAACGGGCAGUACCUCAGAGGAGGCCACGCCUCCUACGCUGAUGGUGUUGAGUGGUCCAGUUGGACCGGCUGGCAGUACUCUCUGCAGUUCACUGAGAUGAAGAUACGACCCAGAAAACUUGAGUCCUAAACCAGGAUCUUGGACAUCAAACCAGCCAGGACCUGAUAUCAGUCCUCACCUGUUAAAUAAAGUGUGACAACUAUUUUUUCUACCUGUAAACAGCGGAUGGGUUCCUGUUCACAGUCUCUAUAGGCGGUACUUGUUUCUGUAUGACUAAUGUUUGGUUACAUAUUAGGGAGGUUUUAAUAUUAAAGGAUCCGCUGCUCUUCCA